GCUCUCUCUCGCCCGAGAGUUUCACAUGGGAGAUGAUGCUCCGUGCGAAAUGAAAACUAUUGCCAAUUUGGCAAAACCCACAUUAAUUGAUUGAUUGAAUGCAUUGACUUUACAUGACGCCUGGAGGCUAACGUGCUGGAUUAGUAUUUAUUUUGGCUUUAUUCUCGCGCUCAGCGAACUUCAAUUGUGAUGACUUAGGUGAAGUCGAAAGACUUGCUGCCUGGUUAGGGAAGUGCUGUACAGUGGGCUUGAACAUUACUCAGCGCUUUGGUUAUAUCACAGAGAGCAGCAGGAAAGAAAGGUCACUCUGUCAGUUUGUUGUCAAGUUGCAUUUUGCCGAUUUGCUUUGGAUUUGCGUGGCAAACAGGUGGAACAAGUGGAUCAGCCGCCAUACAGGACACAGGGCAGUCUUGCUGUGCAUGCAGUUGAACUGAAUCGUCAUGGCAUCCGACGCAAGCCAUAUGCUGGAGGCUGCCUUGGAGCAGAUGGAUGACAUCAUUGCAGGCUCCAAGGCUGUCCAGGAGCUGAGUAACGGCAUGUACGAGCUGGGAUCGCCGGUCAGCUCGGCUCCCCUGCAGGUGCUGCAGCUGGCGGAGGACCUGAGGCUGGCCCUGGAGCUGCAGGCCUGCGACGGGGAGAGAGAGACGCUCCGCUCACAGCUGCCCUGCGCCACCGCGCACCUCCUCAUCGACUGGCUGCAGAAGGGCUCGAUAAACCUCCAGUCACCUCCCAACAAUGAAACCUGUCAAGAGCGGCUGGCACGCUUAGAAGGGGAUAAAGAGUCUUUGGUUCUUCAGGUGAGUGUGCUCACGGACCAGGUGGAGGCACAGGGGGAGAAGAUUCGGGACUUGGAGUGCUCACUUGAAGAGCACCACCACAAGCUUGUCUCCACUGAGGAAAUGCUACAACAGGAGUUGCUGAGCCGGACUUCUUUGGAGACGCAGAAACUGGAUCUCAUGGAUGAGGUUUCCUAUCUGAAACUGAAGCUGGUGGGCAUGGAGGAGGAACCGCAGAGCCCGGCCAACGGCGACGACAAGCAGCACAAAGCCGAGUCUGUGGUAAAUCUGAUUAGCGAGCUCCAGGAGCAGAUGUGUAGGUUUCAGGAGGAGAUCAGUACUCGCAUCCAGGAGAAGCGAGCUCUGGAGGGCCAGGGGGAUGCUGGCGCCCGUGAGCCCCACGGCCAGAGCCCCAGCCUGGGCCUGCUGGCUGGCCCUGACCCCGACGACUGCUGUCACUGUAGAGGAGAGAACGCUGGCCGCUGCGCUGCCCUGGUGCAGGAGCUGCGUCUGCUGAAGUUUAAAGUGGACGAGCUGGAGGGGGAGAAGAGCCAGUACGAGAGGAAGCUCAAGGCCACUAAGACGGAGAUCUCGGAGCUGAAGCAGAUCCUGUCCUCCAAGGACUCGGAGAUCGAGUGCCUGCAGAGCCAGCUGAUGACCCGUGGAAUGCUGGGCAACGACGUCACAGAGAGAGAGGAUGUGUACAGGAGAAAGCUGAAAGACAAAUAUCAAGAGCUCCAGCGCCUGAAAAUAGGGAUGGAAUCCCUGUUAGCUGCCAAUGACGAGAAGGACCGCCAUAUUGACGAGCUCACCACUCUCUUGGGUCAGUACCGCAAGAUGAAGGAUGUGAUGGCCCUCUCACAAGUGUCCAACGACAAGCUGCUGUGUGGGAGCAGCGAGGAGGAGCUGAGUGGGAGUCUGAAGAUGAGGGCCCUGACGCACAGGGCUCACUCGGACAUCAUGAGAUCGGAGAUGUCCUCGAGAGGCUCAUCUCCCCUGCUGGUCUCUCCCAUGUGCCUCCAAAAGGACAUGGACUCCAGCUGUCGCAGCUUCCAGAUGGCCAUGGAAUCCACAAUAUCACCUAGCAGCAUUAGCUACCACAACGGACAGUGGCAAGUCGAUCGGCCACGGCUCCUGUCCUCCAGUCUGGAGGAGCUGCAGAGCGGAUCUGUUCACAAGCAUGUUGUGGGGCAGCCAAUAGAGCCUGUUCUGCAGAACCAGCAUGUCGAUAAUAACAAAUACCGGACUCUGCCGGGCAAGCUGUCCAGACGGAACGCAGAGCAGAAUGGCGAGAGAGAGAAGUACUCUUCACCUCUGCAGCUGUCACCGGACGAGAGUGAGGACAGCCAGUUCAACCUCAGCUCAAGGGGAAGGCUUGAUCUUUUCGGAGCCGGAAAGACAGAGCGGGCGGAUGACUCGACGCUGUCUGACCUCUCCCCCCUGUCAUCGGGAAGGGACUCGGGCCAGCAGUCGCCUGUCUCCCCAGAACACAGGAAAACACAGAGGGGCAUCAAGAAGCUGUGGGGCAAGAUCCGCAGGUCACAGUCGGGAAGCCUGCCCGCGGGCGAGGCCGAGUCGGCCGAGUUCCGUAGAGGAGGCAUGAGAGCCACGGCCGGCCCUCGACUGGCCAACGCUGGACAGGCGGCACGGGACGCCAGCACGCCGUUCCCCAAGUGGAGCCCGGAGCAGGUGUGCAGCUGGCUGGAGGACUCCGGUCUCGGGCAGUACGCCAGCCAGACCCGCCAGUGGAUCAGCAGUGGGCAGACGCUCCUCUCCGCCAGCACACAGGACAUCGAGAAGGAGAUGGGGCUUAAGCAUCCUCUGCACAGGAAGAAGUUGCAGUUGGCCCUGCGCUCCUUCAACAGCAAACUCACCGAGAAGUCUGCCGAGCUGGAUCACAUCUGGGUCACACGAUGGCUGGAUGAUAUUGGAUUGCCUCAGUACAAGGACCAGUUCAAUGAUGCGAGGGUAGAUGGCCAAAUGCUACAGUAUUUGACAGUGAAUGAUCUGCUGUUCCUGAAAGUCACAAGUCAGCUCCAUCACCUCAGCAUCAAGUGUGCCAUCCACGUGCUCCACGUCAACAAGUUCAACUCCAACUGCCUGAAGCGCAGGCCUGGGGAUGAGCACAACACCUCGCCCUCUGAAGUGGUGCAGUGGUCCAACCACCGUGUGAUGGAGUGGCUGCGCUCGGUGGACCUGGCUGAGUAUGCGCCCAACCUGAGGGGCAGUGGAGUCCACGGGGGCCUCAUAAUCCUGGAGCCGCGCUUCAACUCGGAGACGCUGGCCAUGCUCCUGAACAUCCCGCCCCAGAAGACGCUCCUGCGCCGGCACCUGGCCACCAACUUCGGCUCGCUGGUGGGCGGACGGGCCCAGCAGGAGAAGAGGGAGUUCAUGGAGUCGCCCAACUACACCCCGCUCACCACCACCGCCAAAGUGCGGCCGAGGAAGCUGCCCUUCUCCAACUUCAGCCAUCUGCGGAGGCGGAAGGCCGACGAGGCGGCGGACUACAUCUGCCCCCUGGAGGCGGCCCAGGCGCCGGCGCCCGCCCUGCUCAACGGCGCCCACCGGCCCUACAGCGGCUUCCGGGGCCUCAGCCCCAUCCUCGACAGGGACCCUGAGAGGCGGGGGGAGCAGGCGCUGGCGACCCAAGGAACCAUUAUGCAGAUAGAAGCUCUGUCAGAGGGAAUAAACAACCUGACAGAUUCCCAGGAGCAGCUUGGGGCCAUUGGAGCUUCCCCUUCUGUCAGCUCUCAGGGCAGAUUCAUACUGGAGUGCCUGCUUGUACACAGCCUGGCCUGAACCACACCUUGCUCACAAGAAGAAGAAGAAGAAUAUGAAGACCUACAGUAAGAUGGAGUCUGUGGAAAGUUGUAUGUGCAGCUGAGAGCCUCUUUCUGCUCAGUCUAUCCAUUCCAGCCGCUUUGUUUGAAGAAUCCAACCAUUAUGUUGCUCAGACGUUUUGCCAAAACCUCCAUGCAGAUGUUUGUGAACUAUGAGUUACAUACAGUGACUGGAUAAUGAGUGAGAAUGUAUUCAAAUGAGUGAGAUACUUUGAGCUACUCACUACAGUGUUACAUGCCAUAAUGUUUUCGCAAUCAUCGCAUAGCUUACCUGGCUAUCUUUAACAGUUCGUGGGAACACACCACUCCCAUGAAGAGCCACAGACUGGGCCCUUCUCUCGCUCUCUUUCUCUCUUACAAAGACCACCAUCAACUGUCAAAGCUUCUCUAAUGACGUGUCAGAAGAACUCGUCUCCCAGCGGUGCUCCUUGUGGAAUCGUCUUGUCAGUUCUCUUCUCACUUUGGGUAAAAGGCAUAAGGUGGCAGCCAUAAGGUGUCUAAAUUCACACCGGCCACAGACGCCUCCACACAAGACUCGACACCCCUGCUGAGAAGCUCCCCUGCAGCCAGUGGUGUUCAGCUCUUUAUAAAAAAAAAACCAUGUGGAUGUCUUCUUGUGAAUAAAUGAUAUGCCAGACCCACGCUGGCGCUUUUCACAAGACUAAAUGGUUUGUACCUAUUUUCAACAGUGGCAUUUUUCACCUAAGCCUGUGUUUAAUAAAUAGUUA